AUGACAGUCUACCGGGCUACUCUGGCUGAUAAGGAUGGGGCCAAGCAAAUUAUAGAGGUCUACAAUGAUGAGCUCGACAUUGUAGUCCGUGAUAGUGAGCAAGCAUUCCAGUCAUACUUUGAGCCCGACUCAGGGCUAUGGCUGGCCAAGGUAGACAACCACGUCGUAGGGUGCGUAAUUCUUCGCCCGCUGCCUACGCCCGGUCACGGAGAAGUCAAGCGGCUUUACGUUGCCAGAGGCUAUCGUGGCCAAGGGCUUUCUCACAAACUAAUGAAAGCACUCGAAGAUUACGCAGCCCAAAUCAACUACGAGUGGCUGUACCUCGACACUAAAGACGAUCUGGAGGCAGCCAUUAAACUCUACGAGCAGUCAGGAUACGAACGGUGUGAACGAUAUAACAAAAACCCCCAGGCGACGAUUUUUAUGCGCAAGCGAUUGGCAGCUCAACACAACCCCUCAAAAGAACAGCAAAAUAGUUGA